GAAGAAACACAGACGACAUCUGCUGAGAGAAGAACACAAGACCUGAAGAACCAUGAAGACUUUGAUGCUCCUGAGUGUCUGCGCUCUGCUGUCUGUCUGCAUGUCAAUGGGAGUGUCCACAGAGCCUGACGCUGCUGUUGAUGCUGAGGCCGAAGUUGCUCCUACUGCUGCUGCCGCUGAUUCUGCAUCUUCAUCUGAGUCCAAUUCUGAUUCCAGUUCAUCUUCAUCCGAGUCCGACUCCGCAUCCGACUCCGCAUCCGACUCGGCAUCCGACUCGGCAUCCGACUCGGCGUCUGAUUCUUCCUCUUCCUCUUCCUCGUCUGAAUCAAACUCAGCCAGCACUGAAGGCACUCCUGCGCCUCACGUGCUGCUGAAGCGAGAUGUCGCAGCGUCACUGCUGCGGCGCCGGAGAGCAGGACCUACUGCGACCGAUCUCACUCCACAACAACUCGAGAGCUUGAGAGAAGUGUGCGAAGUCAAUCUGGCCUGCGAGCACAUGGCCGAAACCACCGGAAUCCUGGCCGCCUACACGGCAUAUUACGGACCCAUCCCGUAUUAACACCAUCUUCAAAAGCAAACCCUUCCCUUCAGGAAAUAAAAAGCUCUUUGUCGUUAUCUGUGAGGAAUGGGCUACAUCACGGUUUUCAGCUUCAUUGUUUUAUAAUGGCAGUGACAGAAACAUUAUUAAUGCAAUUAGUACAACAUUUCCAUAGUAUAUAGCCUUAUAUCUUUGAUAGCUGUGUAGUUAAAAAUAAGCCUCUAGUUUUUGAAUCGUUUUAAUGAUAUUUGUUUGUGGUGCUGUGAUUAAACAAAUACUUUCCUGCUUCAAGAUGAAAAUGAGCUCUUAGAUUCACUCUUUAACACAUUAUUUCCUCUGUAUUGUACUGUGUGUGUGUGUGUGUGUGUGUGUGUGUGUGUGUGUGUGUGUGUGUGUGUGUGUGUGUGUAUAUAUCACCUGGGAUUGUUCAUUGACAAGUAGCCUGAAAUUGUUGACAUUUUUGUGAGUAAUGCAUUUUACUGUUCUUUUAUUGUUUUGUGCACAUAAUACUUGUAUAGAAUGUAUGCUAAAA